GCGCGUCGCCCACGCUGCGCGACACGGGGCGCGGGCUGCGCGCGGAGCAGUGGGCGCGCUUCUGCGGCCGCCACGUGUGCGCCGAGCUGAUCGAGCGGCUAGCGCGGCAGCGGCUGCUGGACCGGGGCACGGCCUACGGCCGCUGGGGCUCGGAGCCCGAGCUGCAGGCCGCGCUGGGCCGCGUGCAGCAGGCGCGCCAGGCGCCGCAGCCGCCGCCCUCGCGCUCCAUCAAGUCGCGGGUGCGGCGCGCCUUCCGCUCCGGCACCGCCACCGACCUGCCGAUGGCGCCGUCCUCCUCGCCGUCCGCGCCCGCCUCCGGGGCCGCCUUCUCGCUCGUCACGCAGCUGACGGGCGCGGGGCUGUGCGCCUCCACGCCGGCCCUGCCCGUGCCCGCCAUGCCCCCCGUCGUCAAGUCCCUCCUCAGGCCGCUCAGCGUGCCCCGCCUCCAGGUGACGCUUGCCCGCGCUAGCUAGCGCUCCGCGAGAAGGGUGAGCAGCACAAAAAAGUAGCUAGGCCGAGGUGUGCUGUGCCGGUUUAACACCAUUAACUGUGUGCGUGUGUGUAGCUGCUGAUGUGUGUGCAUCUGCACUCCUUCCCGUUUCGUACUAACCCAGUUCAGAAGGUCGCCCCUCCUCCGCCUGACUCACCCAACGACGCCUGGCUAACAAACAACAACAGCAACAGUAAAUACUCCACCGCCUCUCACAUGACUUCGUCAUAAAAGUAAGAACGGGUUCCGCGCGGUUGCAAUGGGCCCGCCCGACCCAUCGCGUCGAGCCAAGCCGCUGCCCAAAAGGAGGCCGUCGCGAUGGUCGCAGCCGGGCCGGAGGUAUGGACGCGGACUGAGGGAGGUAGACGUCCGCGCGAUGGGCUAUGGCCACAGCGGCCUUUGACUCGAUGCCAACAGCCGUCCCGUCGUCGUUUCCCGCGUCACUUCACCGAACCUUCACCGCCCGCCGCGCCCCGCCCCGCGUCUGCCCGCGCCGUGUCGUUCCCCCGCAGUGAACCUCAGCUGUACGCGCCGCUGGUGGCCUGUUGCAGAGCAGGCGUCCCCCAGCUGGAGCGCAGGUGCGGCAGGCCUACCCUCUGGCCGAGGCCCGCGCCCAGCCUCUGGCGAGGCCUCUGGCUCAGCUGGCCGAGGCCAGUAAGGCUUAAAAAGCCCAACCUGCAACCCACGCGCCGCGCCACGACGGUACAACCUGCAUGCCACUUUCCUCUCUCUCUCUCUUUUCUAUUUUUUCUGGUCUAUCUCUACUUGUUUUUUUCCUGACUCUCUCUUCCACCUCGUUUACACCCACACUCUUAUUACUGCAUUUCUUUCGUUUGGACCGUGUUGUUCCGAAACAUUGCGCAGGAGACGCUGGUAACGCAUUCCGGCGAGCACGCACGCAGCGCCCCCGCGGGGGCCGACAUGCACGUCUCACACUUGUGCUGAUUGACUCCUCGGCAGGGAGGCGGUCUUCUCACCCACUAACACACUCACACUACUACUGAUCCACGGGGCAGUGAGCUCGGCACCCGCUAGUCCAGAUCUGGAUCAUCCUCCCAUCCCGCAGGGCGAAGGCCGUCAGAUCUGGACUCGCGCCCGGGUGGUGCUCUGCGCGCCGCGACUGAGCCGGCGUGUGCGUGCACGUUGUG